AUGUUUUCAGCUCUUUUCGGCAACGCCAAAAAAGACGACAACGUUUCCGAUUUGCUUCUGCAGUCCGCCGGUCCUGUCAGUCGUCCUGUCCGGGGAAGAACUGUCAUUUCUGUGCCCGAUGAGGCCUCAUCUCCAAAAGUUACCGAUGCCCAAAACGCCGACGCAGCUGCAAAUGCCAGCGAGGGCGAAAGCUCGAGUGAAGCUGAUGACAAAGAAGUCACCGACGAGGUUUCUGGAGACAAAAAGUCGAAGAAGCGUGUGAGAUCAAGCGAUGAUGAUGAAAGCGAAGAGGCUGAGGAUGUGCAAGUUGACGACGCCAAAGCCAAGAAACCAAGAAAGGAGAAGAAACCCGCUGACACAACUGAGGAAGCGCCUGCCACCAAGAGCAAUAAAAAGGGCUCCGCCGCCAAGACGGUGGACCUCAAGGCAGACGAACUAGAAAAGGCCUCGCGUACCGUAUUUGUAGGAAACGUCUCUAACAAGGUGAUCACCUCCAAAAGCACAUACAAAGACUUCAAGAAGCUCUUUUCUACCAUUGGCGCAGUGGAAUCUAUCCGGUUCAGAUCCAUUGCCUUUGACGAGGCUCUUCCCAGAAAAGUGGCCUUUGUCAAGAAGGCUUUGCAUGACACAAGAGACACGUUGAACGCGUACGUUGUGUUUACAGAGAAGGAACCCUCCAAGAAGGCGCCUGGUAUCCUUAACGCCACCACAUUUGACGAUUUCCACAUACGCGUGGAUCACGUAGCACACCCUAGUCCCAAGGACAACAAGCGCACAAUCUUCGUGGGCAACUUGGACUUUUCGGAGCAGGAGGAGACUUUGUGGAAAUAUUUCAACGACAAGAUCAGCAACGACGUGGAGGCCGUUAGAAUUGUUCGUGACGCCAAAACGAAUUUGGGUAAGGGCUUCGCUCUUGUGCAAUUCAAAGACACCCUUUCUGUCAACAAGGCUUUGUUCCUCAAUGACAAACCCAUUGACGCCGCCGACGGAAAGAAGGGCCGUAAGCUCCGUAUUCUGAGAGCCAAGAGCCAUGCCAAACCAUCUGUGAUUUCCCCUAACCAUUUCUUGAACCAAAAGAAAACUCGCAUGCCCCCAAGAAACUUGAAUGACGACCAGGAGACGAAAUUGGGCCGUGCAAAGAGAAUGCUCGGUAAAGCCGACCGGAACACUGCAGGACGGAUGAUCGUGGAGGGUGCCAGAGCUACCAAGGGCCUGAAAAUCGAGGGUAUCAAGGGUUUGAAGAGCGCUCAGGGUCCUAAGAAGAAAGCCCGUAUCACGAAGAGAUCUUCUCAAUUCAAGCUGGACCAAGCCCAGUUCCAGAACUUGAAGUAG